GAGCGGCUGCACUUGCUGCCGGACAGCGUGCUUCAGCCACCGCCACAGCAGCAGCAACAGCAGCAACAGCAACCGUCGGAGCAUGCGGAACUGAGCGGCAGUGAUGAUGGGGACGAAGAAGCCGGCCGGCGACGACGACGACGUCGACGUCCUGCACAAACCGGAACUGAGCAGCGAGUGAACGGAGAGCGGAGUGGCCAAAUCGUGCAGCAGACGGCAAUAGUGCUGGUAUCCGACACAUCGAAAGGCCAACCAACGAAGGCAACCGAGCCACCGGAAGGCACCGGAAGCAACGCGAAAUCCGCAGACCCGCCGACAGCAACGAUGAAUGUGACGCCAGCAGCAGCAGCAGUAGCAGGGGUGGUAGUGGUGGCCGGAACGUCCGCUGCCGCCAACGCCACCACGCACUGCGCCUCUUCUUCCAUUGCACCGCGAGCCACCACCGUGGCAGGUCGUGGCACUCACAGUAAACAAUCGAUAUUGGCCAACGGGCGAGCGAAAGGCAGCGUCAUCGGCCGCCAUCACAAUCACUACCAUAAUCAUCAUCAUCAUCAGCAUCCUAACCACAACCACGGCAAGCAGCAGCAACAGCAGCACUACCACAUUCCGCUCGAUACGUACCAACCGCUGCAGCCGCUGCACUUGCCAAAUUUGCGGCUCGGGACGACCUGCUUCUAUCCAUCGGGACCACCACCCCCACCUCCGCCUCCACCACCACCACCACUAACAUCACUAGCACCAGGAACAACAAGCGCCAUCGAGACCGUGGCGGUGGAGGCGUCAUCGACGGCGCUGACCGUGGCGGUGGAGGCGUCAUCGACGGCGCUGGUACGGCCAAAACCCCAAACGCUCUCGCUGGCACCACCGGCGGUGGCCUGCAAUGGGUCCAACUAUUUGAGUCAGCUCUCGGCGGCUUCACUCUCAACGACGUCUUCCCAGCACCAUUUCCAUCACCAUCAUCAUCACCACCAUCAUCAUCACUUUCUGGCGCAGCAACCGAUGACGCGCAUCGCCACGAUCUCUUCGCCCAUGUCACCGACCUCCUGCUGCAGCCAGCGGCCACCCGCCGAGAUGCAACCGACCACACCGAACUCGGACGCCACCACACCGACGCUGGUCAAGGUGAAGACCUGGUACACGGUCACCAAACAGGGCCUAUCGUACUGAGACUAGGCCCCCCGAAGAGAUCCGACGCACGACCGUUGGUCAACCGCGCGGUCUGAAUCUGUGAAGCAAGCGAACGAAGCGUUAGAAGUGGUUGAAAAAAGUGGUCUCGUCUCGUAAAGCUUUAAUUUCAAAUUAAUAAUGUAACAAACCGGUCGCGGCCGUGUCCUUUGUGUGGGCAAUGCGGAUGCGGACAUCGACAUCGCGUGGGCGCGCUCUCGCAAUAACCACAUUAGGUGGCGUUAAUCAAAAUGGAACAUUGGCUGGAGAAGGAGCACUAGGGCGAAAACGAAAGCCACUUGAAACAACCACUAGUAGUAACCGCUAAGAGAGAGAGAGAGAGAGAGAAAGAGAGAGAGAGAGAGAGAGAGAGAGGAACCUGUGCCAAGGGAGCAUAUCUAGUCACUUGAUCGAAUCCGUAUCAGUAAGCGAUUAUCAUCGCGCUUGUGUGGUCCAACCUUAGCCCAUCGUUUCUUUACUAAACCAAAAACAAAACACCCCAUAUCCAAAAUCGGUUACCUUCCACGUGACGAAAGAGCAGGGACUAAGGACAAAGAAAGGAAGAGACGGCCAGCGGUGGCCAGGCUCAUCGUUACCGCAAAACGUAGCCAUGCGAGCUCGAGAGAAAGAGAGAAGGAAACGAAACGAACCCAUAUUCUAAAUGAAUCUGGAAACGACAGCUCCGACGGUCGGGAAGCUGUCGAACGCAGAAUGUUCCCACGUGUCCACUUAUGUGCCUUCCUGAUUUUGAUUCCCCAUCGAUCGAUGUGUGCGUAGGUUUAAACAUGCGAUUUGUUGUCCCUUGCAAGUGAACGGUAGGUGAAGCGCUAAACGAAUCGCGAGAACAGCGAAAGACGAAGACGUAUAGAAGGCUGAGGCACGUUCCUAGGUUACCGGUGGCGUGGCGGUGGGCCAACAUGUUGAAGCGGGCUCUUCCAUGCGAAGCCAUCAAAAACCAUCAAAGCAAAACAAGAUUUGUUACUUGACUUGUUAACAUCGGGAGGCAACAACAGGGCGCGCGAUAAGGCGAUAAGCGGCGACAGUGAGGAGUGUGAGCAAUGAGAGCUAAGGAAGCUGCCACCACACAUUGUUCCUGUGUUCCUUCGACGCAAUUGAAGCUAACAAUACAAUAAAUGUAUGUGUAUAUCAAAACUCUAACGUGAAUAACCGAAAGUACAGAUUUCAAACUACACAAGCAUAUUCGUAAUUUCGAGGGACUCAAAAUGAUCAAAUAAUUGAACGAUACAAAACGAAAACUAAACUAGCAAACCGUAGGAUUGACCCAUGGGACGGAUGGGAGUAGUAGUGUAGUAAAAAAAACGCGAUUGAACGUUAGUUUAGAAAGAAGAACAACGACACGUGCUUUAAACACGUAGCAGUGUUCUCUCCGGAUCUUCCGUUGCGUAACAUUGUCUUCGUUGAUUGCAGGGCAGCAGGGGGAGUGUAGGCAAAUGGCUAGGCAAUGUAGAUAACAUGUUUUGUUUCCCUUUCUUCAACGUGGAUGGAAUAGGAUCCUGGUUCCAGGUGAAGGGGUUGCUUUCUACUAUACUAAUUUCGCCUAAAACAAAAUCAAACGAAAGAUUUCACUACCACAACUACAGCGGAGAACGAUAUGAAUAGCUAAUAAAUACAAUAGACUACCAGAAUUAUCAGAAUUUAUCCACUAACAACAUCUCCCUGCCGACAAAGGCGUGCAAAGCAAAGUUUUUGAACUAAAGCCGAUUGAUAGUUACCGUUAGUGUCUAGUGAAUGGAAGUCAGUCACGUGGAACAGAGCUACAAAAUGAAUGAGGCAACAGUGUAGGGAGAAUCCGAGGCCGACGGCUGCAGUGCAGAGGCACCAGAACCGUGUUGAAUGAAUGUCACUAGUUUUCUUUACCGACAAAACAAAAAGAACAAUACAUAAAUCUAAUAUCGUGUUAAAGCAGACAAAACUCAACUACACAAUACUGACUGUGUGAAAAAAGGAAAUUGAUAUUAAAAAAAAAACAGUUCUACCUAGGUGUUGAUACUUGUUCGAAUGAUGUUUGUAAUGUGGUUAAAAUCGAGAGAGUUCCGCGGUUCACUAUGCGGAAGUUGAACGAAGUCGGGAGAUAGCAAACUACACCCACGAUUACACGUCGUCGUUUUGCAUACCUUUUUGCUCUUGAUCGUGCGUAACAAAACAAAAACCUUUAGGUACACUGAUAGGCUCCACCGUGAGCAUCACGUAACCAGGCAACGAUAUCAUAGUGGCUAAUUGUUGAUCUAGAUGUAUAAUUCGUACGAGUCUUAAGAAGAACGUGUUAGGUCGCGCUAGCAUUGAAAAGAGAGUAAUCUUAGAGCAAUCUACAGGAAAUGGAAGGAGGGAAGUUCAAGGGCAUUACGGCCACUGCAGGUAAAAGAAGAAGAAAACAAAAACCUUUUCGAAGAAUGUUUAAGCAACUGGAUCAAAACCGUUCAGGCGGGGGUCGUAUUUCGUAGACUGUAGGUAUGUUUUCGAUUACUAGCUAGAAAAGGAUUUCCCGUUUAUUAUGACUCCUUUAGGACACAAGAACCUUAUCUAGAUCGGAGCACUGACUGGCGAAGAUCCUUUGAUUGCGCAUCCGCUACGUGAGGAAUACGGUGAUUCCUGUUGUUGAUAAUUUGUUGAUUUGUGUUCCUUUCCAUACCCUAGUCUUUUUCAUUUUCGAAAGUUAAUGUUGAGUAACAUUAGUACGGCCAUACCAAACCGAUAGGCGAAAAAGGCGAAGUUUAAUCAAAUACCUUAGACCUUAGAUACCUUAGCGGCAAACGUAAUGCCGGUAGCGAGGAGGGUGUGCUGAAAUAUUUAGAAUUGUGAAGUCAUUGGGAGAAGGAUCAUUGUCAGUGAACCGACGAUUGCUAGGAAUGUUGUGUGUUACAGUGGCGUGCGCUAGUGCUGCGCUUGUGUGUACAAGGAAUUGUGAAUCGAUGGUAGGCCAAUGAGCCGAUGUUAAAGGUGUUAUGGUCCGAUCAAAUUAAAAUCGUUCUUAAUAAAUCCUGAUGUGUAUAUUUGU